CGGCGGCGGCGGCGGGGCUGCGCGAGGGGCGCGCGAGAGGCGGCGGGCCGCGGCCAAGAUGUCUUCGGUGCAGGCGUCCCGCAGACAAUGGUGCUACUUGUGCGACCUGCCCAAGAUGCCCUGGGCCAUGAUCUGGGACUUCAGCGAGGCCGUGUGCCGGGGCUGCGUCAACUUCGAGGGCGCAGAUCGCAUCGAGCUGCUGAUCGAGACGGCGCGCCAGCUCAAGCGCAGCCACGCCAUGCCCGAGGGCCGCUCGCCGGGGCCGCCGGGCGCCAAGCAGGCCAAGGACGGCGGCGGGGCGGCGCUGGAGCGCUACGAGCGCGGCCGCCUGCCCAGCAGCGACUACGCGCUCAGCCCGCGCUUGCCCAACGGGCUGGCCCGCGGCGGCGGCGGCGGGGAGGAGGCGGGCGGCGAGGGCAGCCGGCAGAGCCCCACGGCCCGGCGCGCCCUGGUGGGGCCCGCGCCGCCCAGCCUGGUGCCGCAGGGCCUGAUGCUGGCCGCCGUGCGCCCGGCGCCCGCCCCGCUGCCGCUGGCCUCCCCGCUGCUGGGCGAGCUGGCCAAGCCGGCGCGGCAGGGCUACGGCGGCGACUACGAGAAGGAGAAGCAGCGGCACAGCGAGUGCCUGGCCGAGCUGAACGAGGCCAUGCGCGCCCGCGCCGAGGAGUGGCACGGCAAGCCCAAGGCCGUGCGCGAGCAGCUGCUGGCGCUCUGCGGCUGCGCCCCGUUCACGGUGCGCUUCAAGAAGGACCACUCGCUGACCGGGCGCGUCUUCGCCUUCGACGCGGCCCCGCGGCCCGGCUACGAGUUCGAGCUGAAGCUCUUCGCCGAGUACCCCUGCGGCUCCGGCAACGUCUUCGCGGGCGUGCUGGCCGUGGCCAAGCAGAUGUUCCAGGACUGCCUCAAGGACCCCGGCAAGGCCGUCUCCUCGGGCUACAAGUACCUGGAGUACGAGAGGCGGCACGGCUCGGGCGACUGGCGCCUGCUGGGCGAGCUCUUCACCGAGGGUGUCCGCUACUUCCGGGAGGCGCCCGCACCCGACGCCCUGCCCCAGCAGUUCCUCGAUGGCAGCGGCGCUCUGCCACCCAACGUGCUGCUGCGGGCCGCACCCCCCUCCCGGGCCGUCAUGCGGCGGCGCAAAGCCUCCCCGGAGCCCGAGGGCGACCUGUCGGGCAAGCUGACCGGCGAGGAGCAGCAGCAGCGGCAGCACUGGCUGCCCCAGGGCUCCGGGGGGGGCCUCUACCCACCAGGCCUGGCCCACCUGCCCGCCUCGACCUGCCAGGCGGCCCUGCCCGAGGGCUCCCUGCGGAACGACCCGUCUCCCAUCACCGCUCUGAAGAACGUGGCCGACACGCUGGGCGGGAAGGAGCUCAACCCAGUCCACUCCACCACGGCCCGGCAAAACAGCACCAGCCCGGCCUCGCCGGCCGCCUCGGGACAACACCGGCUGGUGCCCCGCAACGGCGACCUGGCCAAGCCGCCACCACCACCUCUUCCUCCUCCUCCUCUUCUUCAUCUGGAGCCCACUCUUCCGGGGGAGCGGAGCCCAGCGGCACGCAGAGUGCCCCCGAUUCCUCUGGGGGCCGGGAGUGCCCCGCUGUGCUGCACCAUUUGCCACGAGAGGCUGGAGGAUACCCACUUCGUCCAGUGUCCUUCCGUGCCUGGGCACAAGUUCUGCUUCCCUUGUUCCCGGGAUUUCAUUAAGGCCCAAGGAGCAGCUGGGGAGGUAUACUGCCCCAGUGGUGAAAAAUGCCCCCUUGUGGGAUCCAACGUCCCCUGGGCCUUCAUGCAGGGCGAGAUCGCCACUAUCCUAGCUGGAGAUGUGAAAGUAAAAAAGGAACGGGAUCCGUGAAGUGGGAGAGCAGCUGGGAUCCGGGACGGUGGGCCGGGGGAUACUCGAGUGCCCCUACCUGCCUUUUCUCCUGGCCACCGGGGCAGUGACUGGAGUAACUUAUUCCCCAUCCAACAUCCUCUGUAACCCACUGCGGACUGGGGGGGCUGUAUAUAAAUCUAUUUUUUAAAUAAUA